AUGUCCUCGUACGUGCAACAGGCCAACUCGUCGACGGACUCUUCGCCGAGUCCGUCUCCACCGCCACCGUCGCCGGGCCACGUGGGCUCCCGAUCCGAUCAAGAGAAGGUACGCCGCCGACGUCAUCCUCACGCCUCCCUCCACGCCUGCGCCCGCGUUGUCGCAUCCAUGAGCUGCUUUCGUUCCUCUGCCACCCAAUCCGACGAUCUCCCCGGUCACCCCCCGCCUUCCACCUCCAUGAACAGCACUAAAAGCAUUUUACUCAAGGACCAGGGCACCGACUCGCCGCACCUCCACCAGGUCCCGCGCAAGUCCCCCUUCGGCGCCCUCCUCUCGCGCACCCUCCCCGAGUACAGCGGCAAGUACGACGUCGGCGUGUGCGACAUCGAGGUCCCCGUCGACCGCCAGACCUUUGGCAACUUCAAGCACAAGUCCAUGCCAGACUCGGGCAACGCCGGGCUCGUCAUGGACACCGUCCUCUUCUCGCUCUUCUACCCCUGCGAGAAGCCGGCCAAGCCAACUCCGUCUGUAUGGUUCCCAAGUAUGCGCCAAACUAUUGACGGCUUUCUCAAGAUGGCAAAGCGCACGCCUAACACAUUAUAUCGCCUCAUGACAUACCCUGUGGCCGCCGCUGCCGUCUGGGGCACGACGUUCCCCGCCCACAAAGAAGCCAAGCUGCUCAUCCCUCCCGACGCCUCCAACAAGUGGCCCGUCAUGAUCUUCAGCCACGGCGCCGGCUGCUCCCGCCUCAUGUACUCCGCCUUCUGCGGCGAGAUGGCCAGCAGGGGCUACGUCGUCGCCGCUAUCGAGCACCGCGACGGCACCUCGCCCUCGUCCAAGAUCACCUCCGCGGACGGCACGACCAAGGUCCUCGACUGGCUCGAGUGGUCCGACCUCGAGUGGCCGGACCUCCCCGCGGACGACCAGCCGAAGGACGAUACGCGCCUGCGGCACGAGCAGAUCAAGCUGCGGUGCGCCGAGGUGCGGGAGGCGCUGGAUAUUUUGGCGAGGUUGAGCAAGGGCGAGGAUGUGUUGCGCACGUCGUUGCAUGCCCCGGAUUUUGACUGGAAGAGGUGGGAGUAUGUGGACUGCGAGAAGCCGGUGAUGGUGGGGCAUUCGCUGGGCGGGAGUGUGGGCCUCGCGGCCUCGUCGCAGGGUAUGCCCUUCAGGGCUGUUAUUGUCUUUGAUCCUGCCACACAGCGCCUCGACCCGUGGCGAUCCAACAUUCCACACCCUCUCCUAGUCGUCAACUCAGAAGAGUUUGCCGUAGGGAACGAGUACGCGAUCUUCGCCGAGCAAAUAGCCGGAACGGCGGAGCGCGAACACGAUGACCACCAGCAGCCCGCGGUCUUUACCAUCCCCGGCGCCACGCACCCGUCCUUCAGCGACGUCUUCCUGAUCCUCCCAGAGUACAUCAACAAGCUCACCGGCCUGCGCGUGCAGGCGAGCAAGGUGCUCGAGCUCGCCGUCGGCGCGACCGAGGACUUUUUGAACGGCCUCACGCAGAAGAUCAUCGACCGCUCGGUGCGGUACGACGGGGAUGGGAGCCAUGCGCAGCUCAAGGUCGAGGGGCGGCCGGCGAAUGGCAAUGGGAAUGGGAACGGUGAUGGGGACGCAAAGGGGAAGGAGAUGGAUAAGGGGGAUGAGGUGCAGGUGAGAGAAGGCGAGGUUGAUGCGGAAGGAGAUGGGGACGGCAAUGGGGAGGGGGCCGAGGACGGGGAUAACUGUGCGAGGGUGCCGAAGCCGCAGAGGCCGGUUGGAGAGCCGGGACAGCUCGUUUGGAACCCUUUCUGAUGAUGUGGACUUACGGCAGAAUAUCUGGUGUACUAUGUUGUUAUAACCUUUUGCUAAUGACCUGUAUGAACUUCAUGAUCUCGAGAUGAAGAAUAGUGUUGUAGAUACCUUUUUCCCGGUAGUGGCCCGUUUAUGCUUAUGCACAAUGGGCGCAGACUUAGUUCUCUC